AUGAAUUCUUGCUGUUUUUCACUUAGCUACACUAGAGAUGGAACAAUCGAUGCCCCUGCUCUACAUGAGGAUGAUAUGGGUCUUGCUAUGGGCAUCCAAGGAACUGAAGUUGCAAAAGAAAGUAGUGAUAUCGUAAUCUUGGAAGACAAUUUCGCUUCCAUUGUAAAGUCACGUGGAAUGAUCGAUGAAGCUUUAGCAGUUGCUACAUGUCCUGAUUAUAGAUUUGAACUAGAUAUUCAGCUUGGUAAACUAGAGAUUGUGAAGGAUAUAGUACUAGUAGCACAAAGUGAGUCGAAAUGGAAGCAGUUGGGUGAAUUAGCAAUGUCUACUGGACUGCUACAAGACCAUCUACUAAAGCAAGGUUGGCGUAAGAGUUGA